CGUCACAACAUGGCGACUUGCUCAGGCGCCAGGGUCGAUUUAAACACUGAAAACAUUCAGUUCGGGGCUAAUAUGAUGGAAACGACUGGUGUGUGUGGAAUGAAGGUUACUCGUGGCCUUGUGGAGGGAAGCAGUUCCCCUCCAGCCCCCUCUAAAGAUAACCUUGAAGAGUUUGAGGGACUGCUUAAAACCUGCAGCAGCAAUGAGACCAGAGGGGAGACACCUGGAAGAGAAGACUGCCAAAUCGACCCCCUUGAUGGAGAACUGGACUCAAGUGGAGAUCAGAACAAGGACCAAAAGACAUUUGGAAAAGAGGUGCUGUUACUGAUGCAAGCUCUUCACACCCUAGCAACUCCUGAGGAAAAACUAGCUGCACUUUGCAAGAAGUAUGCUGACCUGUUGGAAGAAAGUCGCAACAUGCAGAAACAAGUUAAGGUGCUGCAGAAGAAGCAGACGCAGGUCCUUAAGGAGAAGAUUCAUCUUCAAAGUGAACACAGCAAGGCUAUUUUAGCUCGCAGUAAGCUGGAAAGCCUUUGCAGAGAACUACAGCGACACAACAAAAACCUGAAGGAGGAGAAUGCUCAGAGAUUCAGAGAAUAUGAGGAGAGACGGAAGGAAGCGACGCUUCAUUUUCAGAUGACACUUAACGAGAUUGAAGCGCAGAUGGAGCAACACAACACCCACAACACCAAGCUGAGGCAGGAGAACGUGGAGCUGGCUGAGAAACUUAAAAAGCUCAUUGAGCAGUAUGAGCUCCGGGAGGAGCACAUUGACAAGGUGUUCAAGCACAAGGAACUUCAGCAGCAGCUGGUUGAUGCAAAGCUUCAGAGGACCGCUGAGCUUAUGAGAGAGGUUGAGGAGAAGCAACAGCGAGAGAGAGAACUCCUUCUGAAAGAUGCGACAGAAUCUAGACACAAAUGUGAGCUCAUGAAGGAGCAGGAGCUUCAGCUGAAGCAGCAGCUUUCUCUCUACAUGGACAAAUUUGAAGAGUUUCAGACGACUCUUGCUAAGAGCAACGAAGUAUUCACCUCCUUCAGACAGGAGAUGGAGAAAAUGACCAAGAAAAUUAAAAAGUUGGAGAAGGAGACCACUCUUUGGAGGACCAAAUGGGAGACCAAUAAUCAGACCUUACUGCAGAUGGCUGAAGAGAAAACGGUGAGCGACAAACAGUUCAAGGCCCUCCAAGGAAAACUAGAGCGUCUUGAAAAGCUGUGCCGAGCCCUGCAGAGGGAACGUAAUGAUCUGAGCCAGAAACUGGGAGCCCUCCAGGGUCCAGCCAAAGAUCCUGCAGAGGAGGGGACAGGGCCUCCGGACCCACAGCCAGAGGAAGCUUUUAGCCACCCUACGCAUGGAGGGAUGGAUGGAGAGGUAGAAGGACAGAUGGAGUGUUUGGUCCCUGAGACAGAGAGGCUCGGGUUGCAACCAGACGACGAGGAGUCGACCAGAGAGCAGCUACAUGAUGACUGAGCCAGGCCCACUAAGGGCUGCUUUGUUUUGUGGAGGUAUAUAUAUUUUUGUGUAAUAGUUCUCAUAAUUAAGACUAAAUCAUUAUUUAGUAUAAAUACUGCUCUGUACAUUGGUGAUUGGCUUAAUGAGCACUUUUUACUCGCCUUUUCUACUGCAUCUGUAUUUUCUUAGGAUAUUUGUCAUGUGGUCCAGCAGUGGCUACAACUUUAACGCUCUGUAUGCUAUUUUUUCAUUUAUUUUGUUAAGGCUUUUCAUUUUCGCAAAUCUGUGUCCUGAUUUGGAAUUUGUAUUUUUAUGAUUGUUGCUAUUGAAUCUGGCUUCUAGGAUUAAAAUAAAUGGAUUCAGAUACAUAUAAUGAUCGACAUUUUGACCUCAUCAUGUAGUUAACUGACUAACUAACUGUGUCCAGGUAACAAUGCAAUUGCUGGAUGUUUGUUUUGCUUUGAUCUGUAGACCUUGGAGCUUUCAGUCUGAUUUAGGUAAUAUAGGAUUUCAUUUCUAUAAGUCUUAGGUUUCAUAGGUUUCAGCCCCCUGUUAUUCCAUAUUGAUAUAUUGUCUGUAUUUUUCAAAGUGGGAUUUUAGCAAUUAAGGGCUAAUUAGAUUUUUUAUAACAAGGCUGCUUUCAACAGAUUAUGUGAAAGGUCGGGAUUAGUGGCAUUAGCUGUAGUUUACAGAGGGCAUUUUUAUCAUGUUUGAAGUUUUUCAUUUAAUAUCCUUACUCUGAAACGUACCAGGCAUUCUUAACAACUGCAAGAACUCUUUGUGUGCGAAAUACAAAGCAUUUUUCCUUCAAAACUUGACAAAGAUGUAGCAGGUGUAGAAAUACAUGGUGGUAAACAUGUAAGGUUACUUACAGUCGUUUGUAUGCUACAAAUUGAAAAUUGAUUUGUGUGUGUGACACUAAAAGCCACUUUGGAAGAUUCUUUUGCGCUCCUAUGUUGUCAUGGAUCCCAGUCGCAAGCCAUAUUCCUCAUGUAUUUAAAAAUGGUAUGAAAACUAAAUCAUAAGAUAUAUGCAGAUAUUUAAGAACCAAGUCUGAAUUGACCAUAUUCUUGUAAUCACAACAUUUUGUUUGUUUUGUACCUUCAUAUGUAAAUUAAGGAAAACUUCUUUUUUAAAUACAUUCAAUAUCUGUGCAUUCUAA